CAGGAUUACUAUUAUGGCAAUGAAAUUAAUUCAUACAAAGUCUAUCUUCAUAGUUGCAAUGUGUUUAGACACUUCAAUUUUACUAAUAAGAACUUUAUCUACAUCAUCAUCAACAUUGGAGAACAUUGGGAAGAGAACACCAAACACCGAACACGAUUCAAUGAAGACGAAAACAAUAACUUACAAAAACAUUAAUAAAAUGUCAAAACAAUCUGUGAUAAAUAAAAAACUUAAAAAAAGACUUCAGCUUUAGUAGUUUUAUAUUACUCUCUACUCUUUACUACUUAUACUGCGUCGUUCUAAGUCGUUCGAUAAACAAAUAGAAAAAAACAAACAAACACUUUUAUUUAUUAACGUCAACGGUGUUUUCCAAUUUCAAAAAUGGAUAAUUCACCGUCACCACAGCCACCAAGUAGUCAACAUACAUAUCAAACAUCACCAAGUGAUUGUGGAGGUGAUAGCAGUGAUCAUUCAUUGCUAGGACAUUCACAUCAAUGUUUAUGUCCAACACAUUUACAUAAUCAACAUCAUUUAAAUGUUAUAAAUCAAUUAUCACAUGGUCCACCAGGGGGACCUGGACUACCCUCGUCAGGAGGACCUGGUGGUACUCCAUCCCCCGUUGGUGGAUAUCAUGAACAACAGCAUCGUGCUUCCAUUCAUGCUCCACCAAAUCAACAUGAACCAAAGAACAAUGUCGUACAACGUAACAAUAUCUUACAACAAUCAACGAAACAUAAUAAUAGUGGUGUAACAAUGUCAACACAACAAUGUAAUUGUUGUCAUUUAAUACAGCAACAAUAUCAACAGACAAUGAAUGUUGAUACGGAAAUACAUGAAGCGAAUAUUAUACAAAAUCGGAAGUUGGAUGCGGAUGAUAAUAUUGAAAUAUCACCGUUGCCACCAGCGCUUCCACCUAGACCACCGCCUAGACAACGUUUGUGUGGUGCUGGUGGUGAUGCUGGGAACAUGAUUGGGGUUGGACAUCAUCAUCACGGGCAUGGUACACUAGGUGGACAUGGAGGAUCGUCGUUAUUAGGUGGAAAUGUUCGAAGACUACGUGAUGGUGGUUCGAGCUCACACCAUCAUCAUAAUGGCAUCAAAAAGUAUGUUUUUUGGUGUUGUGCAUGCGGUGGUCUGUCCACAAUUAUUGGAGCAUUAUUUUUGGCUGUAUAUUUUAUGUUACGAUCAUAUACAUCCACCUUAACAUAUUUUGAAACAAUUCCAACAUUUGUACCUGCAACUAUGUUAAUGUUAACUGGUUUAUGUGUAAUGAGUUUAGCAAGACGACGAAAUCGUUUUAGUUAUUUAAUAAAAGUAAGCGGAAUAUGUUGUCUGGUAUGUGCGUUAACAUGCGUUUUAGUAACAAUUACCACAACUGUAAUACAUAUGAAUCGUUUACAAACACUACGAGAAUGUGUUUAUACACAAAAAACACGAACUUGUACAUGUUAUUCCGUACUUUUAGAAGCUCAUGCUGAAACUGAUGAAGGUACAAGAUUUGUAUUUGAUUCAACACCAGAUUGUGAAGUCAUCCAUGGAGCAUUGUAUUCAUGUUUACGUGCAAUGUUUGGUUUAUCAGUUAGUGGUAUAUUAGUAUGCAUUUUUUCAUGUAUGCUUGUUUAUCAAUUACUUAGUCAUGAAAGGAAAAAAAUGUAUUGGGAACAAUUAGAAUUACGAUGUCGUUCAUUAUAUCAACAUCAGACAAAUUCUGGAGUGAAUUCAGGUUCAGUACGAGGUCCACCAGUAUCAUUAAGUACCGGUUCUGGAUUUUGUAGUUGUUGUGAAGAAUGUCGUUAUACACCAAUUCCAGCAAAUCCACAUUUAUAUCCAUGGGACACCCACGCAUUAGACAGAUUCUGGACACCGGGACGUAUAGGGAAUUUUUACUCACCAAAUCCAGGAGAGGAAAUUGGCCCAAACACAAAUGUUCCUGGCCUACAAUCGAAUACAGUUGUAGAGGGAAAUGGAAGUAUACGAGCUAGAAAUAAUAAUAGUGGUUGGAAUUGGAGACGUUUACCAUGGAGUCGUGGUGGUGGAGCAUGUCCUGAUUCAACCCGAGCUAGCGGAGUUAAUUUCAAUUACCCAACAACCAUAAGUAGUCCAGAUAGUCAGUAUGGCUUUAGUUCUGUCCCUGGUGGUUUAGCUAGUGGUCCAGUCUCUUCCUCAAUACCUGGUAGUGGGGUUGAAUCAAUAACAGCAACGACUGGAUCCGGUGGUUAUACAGUAUUAGCUGAUAGACAACCACCUGGAGCAUAUUUAUGGGGUCCACCACCUCCUUAUUCAAAUCCAGAUAGUCCAGCUCGUCGGGGUAUUAUAACAUCAGCUUCACCAGCCACUAGGUAUCACCAUUCACAUCAUUUACACCAUGCACACGCACAUUGUCAAUUAAAUGAAGAUCAAAACACCCAGCUAACAGAAUGUCAACAUCAACAGCAACGUCCUCGAAGUCGACCUGGGCCAAUAUCGAAAGAUAAUUAUGAAAAUACAACAGAAUCUGAGCAUGGCCAUAACGGACAUCAUCUUCAAAGUGAAUCCGCUGAAAAUACGGAUAAUUCAAGUAGCGGAAUAUCAAAUACUUUACCCGUACGAAAAACCAAAAAACGUAUGGAUAUAUCCUCAGUAAAAAGUGUAAACCAACAAAAUUUUCGUACAAACAUUCAAAAUAUUUUUCAAACUCAACAAAAUUUUGACGAAUCUUCGGAACAACAUAGUGAUGAACAUAAUUAUCAAGAACCAAAUCAAAUAAACAAAGAUACAAAUUCACCGUCUUCGGCACAAAAAUGUCGAUUCCUUCCACGAUUGCAAGGUGUCGAAAAUCCAGCCUUCCAAACACAAGAAACGACCGCUCAACCGAGCAAACCACAAGAACCAACGGAAUCUGAAGUAUAUUUCGCUGAUGUUUCGAGUUGUUGUAAUAUAUCGGUGCGAAAUGACGGUCAUGAUUCUUCGUUGUAUGAUGAAGCUUUAAAUCAAAAGAUGAAUCAAAAUUUUAGUGCACCAGGAGGUGUGCCACCAAAUGGAGAUGAUGAAGACUACUUAGCACAUCGUAUGGGUAAACGGCAAAUGUCAACACGAAGUCGUUUACCAUUUCCAUUACCGAACUCUGAUGAACAUUGUAAAGAAUUAUCUUCAGAUCAAUGUCUUCAGCAAUUAUUACCAAAAGAUCUCUCUCAAAAUAGUUUAAGUAAUUGCAGUAAUGUCCAAACUCCUCUAACCGACACCACAGACGAUGCUUUAACCCCUUCUGUGUCCUCACAAAAACUUCCACAAACUCCCACGGAAUGUCAUCAUUUACAUCCUGGAAUGAUGAAAUUUUCCACGUCAAAUGAGAAUCUCGAUGAUCAAUUUUUAGCACCCGAUGCCCAAUACGAAGUUAUAGCCCAAACAACGUCUGCAUCAAGUAACUUAACGACAACAAUUUCUGGUUUAAAUAAUUUUACAACCCAAAAUUGUUUUGGUAACCAUUUCAGUCCAAAAAAUAAUAAUGUCCCUCCAAAAUCAAUUAAUUGUACUAAUAGUAAAUCAUCAUCAACGUCACCUAGAAAAAGUAUUGGAUCAAAUAUAUCUACAUUAAUACAAAAUUUAGGUGGGAAUCCUGUAGGUUUAUUAUAUGGGGAAGUGAAUAGCGUGGAAGAUGAUGAUGAAAUUCAAGCACAAUUAGGUGGAAAUCAUAGUGAUGUUACCAUGGAUUCAGGUUGGCAAAGUGGUUCAGAUCGACCUGAUUGUAUACGUGGUAAUUCUGGAACGGCGAAUAAUAAUGAUAGUUCUGAAGAAACUACACCAAGAUCUGUUAAUGUUUAAUGUAAUAAAAUCAAUUAGGUUAAAAAAAAUUCGCAGGGUCGCAUCGUUUAUGCAAAAAUAGAACUGAAAGCAUAUAUAAAGAUUUAACUUGAUGAGUACAAAGAAGCAUACUUCAAAAAACGCAAAACGUCUAGAAGUGUGCUUGUCUGUAUCAUAUAAGGAUGGUGUGAUGACAAGAAAAAUGUCACAUAGUGACAAUCUUAGUAAGAAUUAAGCAUUCCAAAAUUAUAAUUUCAAAUAUAGUUUAGAGACUAAUUCUUUCAAUAUUUUCGCAAAGAACGGAUAAAAUAUGACAAUAAAGGCAAAAUUUCAUUUAUUGACUUUAUCGUAGUGAUAUACUCUCAUCAAGUGCAUCAGGUCUUUAAAAUUUAAAAAAUCAGUCA